GCAUGGGGCCCCACACCUCGUUCUCUGACUGCUGCCCGGGGAAUCGAGCACUGCGCAAGCAUCCCGUGUAGUUCCCGCCAAAGGAGAGUUCUCGCGAUGUCAUCGUUUAUGUAGAUUUGGGCCUCCCGCUGUGGUCGCUUGCUGAAACUUGGUCGGGUGCUUCGCAGGGAAAUGUCUCAUCUGGCCUGUUUCGGGCUUGCACCAGAACCACUUGGGCUCAGGCCUUCGCCGCGCAUCUGGGUACACCAGCCGACGCCGCCCGUCGAAAGCCGUCCGAAUCUGCGCGCGUGUACCAUGAAACUGAUUUUCUUGGUCCUCGUGCUGUCGGCAGGCAUGCCCGUUCGAGCCGGGGACACCGACAUGUCCAUGGACGAGAUCCUCGAGGAGCUCGCGUCGCUGCGCGACCGGUCUCAGCAGCUCGAGGCCUUGGUGGUCGGGAGGCGCCUGACGGAGGUCGACCUCGUAAUCGAAGCCAGCUGGCACAAGAGGUCUUGCCUGUGGGUGGAGAGCGUGCAGUCUGGGUGGUAUCGAAGACUGGGUGGCCUGCAAAAUGGGAGACGGCUGGUCGAUAGCGCUGGACGCGGUGCUACUUAAUUGGGUCGCCCUGGUAAUCUCGAUUCUCGGGUACAUCGCUUUGAACAGCGUUGGCAACUUCUUCGAGUUGACGUGGAGGUACGGGCCGACUUGGAAAAUCUUGCUGAGUUCGGUGUUCACGGCCAAUUUGUUUUUCUUUUACCCAGUGAGUGGCCAUCCAGUUGUGUGGACGUACAGCAUCGUCGCGUGUAAUUACGUUGUCUCGGAUUUCGUGGGGUCGCUGAACGCUGUCCGGGUAAAGCACAAAGAGUGGGCUCAGAAACGCAAGAGUGACAUCGUGUGUGCGACGGAGCGUUCGGCAUUUGAGGUUGAUUUGCCAUCGCGGGGGAGUCAUUGUGACUACUGCGUCCACAGCAGGUACAGGGAGCUCUCCUACAAUUUCUCGAACGUACUUGUGUAUUUCUUUGUGCAGAUGUCCCUUUUCCUUCUGCUCACCUUCCACUUGUUGGGUUUGAGAGAGCAAUACAUCGAGACGUGGGAGGCAAUUCAGCUAAACGCGGAUCUGUCCUUUUGGUGUGUUUGUGUCGCUGCAUCCCUGGUCGCAGGAGAUGCUUCGCUCGGAAGUCAGUACGCCCCGUUCUUUUGGGAAGAUGUGUACGAAGUGGCUGAUACGACUGCAUUCAAUGGGAAACUUAGUCACCACUGGUUCUCUUGCAUGGGAAUGACAUUCAAAAUGGAAUGGAGGCUACGCAGGUACAUGUCAUUCAUCGUCAACGGCCUCAUGCGCUCUGUGAUCCUUGCUACGAUUCCCAUUCUCAUUGCCAUACGCGAACCGCUUGAUGCGAUCAAGGACAUCAUGUGUGUCUUCUUCAUCGUAACGUUGGACGACCUUCCUGAUGCGAAGUCUUUGAUUGACGAGCUUUCUAUUACAUACAUGCAUGCUUUCCCGGAUGAUACGCCGUUCAAACAAACGCAGGCAAUGCCCAACAAUUCAACGACGGAGGAUGCGGAGGGAGAGAGCGCUCGGCUUGUGCCAGCUCAAGAGUGACACGACGGUCAGAUGCCGCUUGUCACUGGAGGUUCUAGACGAUGCUUUUCGCACGUAAUGUUCUUGCGAACUAGCUCAGUGGCCCCUGGUCUCAAAGCCAUGCAGACUUGCAAUCGUCGUCGAUCUUUGCUAACCGUCCUCGCAGCGGUAGGCUCUGAGGGAGUCCGCACUCGCUUGUGGACAGGGUCCUCACUGCAUCUGGCUUAACGUUGGCCUGCUGCCCAAGGGGGCUCUGCCGAUUUGAAGCUUCUGGUUAUCGUUCUCACUGGCGUGUGGUAACGUUUCAACCCUUGCCCCGUUACCAUCGGACUCGUUGCCUCAUCAAGGAAAGCCUAUAGUACGUGCGGCUGCCAGAGAGCCUCCUCGCCGCCAUGAUCGGAUCAGGCUCGGACAUCUAUUCUAGACAAGGGGGUUGGAAGAGGGAGCGCUCUGAACCACUCACGCCCUGAAGGGCUGGUGGGGUUAGGACGAUAUUUAGCAGGCUGGCGAUGAGAUUUCGAUCGAGCGUCCGACCCGGACCGAGGGAACUGCCAGGUGCCCAUGCUAGGCAACGUAGCCAGUAGCGCCCCCAGAGGCGGCUCACCUCUUCUCGAUGCGUGUCCCGAGCAUCCGCGUCACGGGGUCAGCCCUGACAGCAUUGAUGCAGUGAUCAGCUGGAGCCCACCGUAAACGCGACAAAAGAGCCACCCGGGGUGCAGAGAAACCGCCACGUCGCCAA